CACUUAACUACAAAAUCCAAGUGUUGCACAGUUCUUUAGCUGCUUCCAUUAUCAUUCCCUCUCUUUCUCUAACUAAACUCAUUUCACUUCUCUUUCUCUCUCUCUAUUCUUCACCUCACAAAUGACUUAACUUCAGUUCGCACAUGGGCUUUCUCCGGCGACUUUUCGGAGCCAAAAAAUCUUCUGACGGGUCGGGUUCCAAAUCCGGCAAGAGAAGAUGGAGCUUCGCCAAACACUCCUUAAGGCACAAGUCACUCCCACCGCCACCGCCACCAUCCGUCUUUGAUCCCCCCACUCCCUUGGACGCCAAUAAGCAUGCCAUCGCCGUCGCCGCCGCUACCGCCGCAGUUGCCGAGGCCGCUCUUGCCGCCGCCCACGCUGCCGCCGAGGUAGUCAGACUCACCAGCGGCGGCGUUGCCGGAAGUAGUACUAGCACCAGACCCACCGCGCCGCCGCCGGAGUAUGUGGGCGAACCGCGGUUGCCGGAGGAUACCGCCGCCGUUAAGAUACAGUCGGCGUUUCGCGGUUACUUGGCAAGGAGAGCAUUGAGAGCACUGAAAGCAUUGGUGAAGUUGCAAGCAUUGGUUAGGGGCCACAUUGUGAGAAAGCAAACUGCAGAUAUGCUCAGGCGCAUGCAAACGUUGGUGCGACUGCAGGCCCAGGCACGUGCAAGUCGUGCGCACCUGUCAGAUAAUAUGCACUCUUUCAAGUCUUCCCUUUCUCAUUAUCCUGUCCCUGAAGAAUACGAGCAUCCACCUCGAGCCUACAGCACAAAAUUUGAUGGAUCUUCUAUGCUUAAGAGAUGUAGUUCCAAUGCCAAUUUUAGUGUUGACUCAGAACGGGCACGGUUUAGUUCCAAUUGGUUAGACCGAUGGAUGGAAUUAGAUAAAAUGUGCAGACAAACUGGAAAUGCUUCAUUAAGAAAUGGACAGCUUGAUGAUGAUAAAAGUGACAAGAUUCUCGAAGUAGAUACUUGGAAGCCACACUUUAAGUCUCACCACAGUAGCAACUCCUUCCAGACAGCACAUUAUUAUUUGAGCUCUGAUUAUAACAAUGAGUCUCCAUCAAAACGUUCAACAAAAGCUCUAAAUCAAAGCUUCUCAUCAAGGGAGGUGUUACAGCUAAACUCUUUGAGGUUUCACAAAGGAAAAGAAGAAGCAGCUUCCCGAACUGCUGAUAAUAGUCCACAAGCAUUUUCAGCCACCUCUAGAACUGGAAGUGGUGCAAGGAAAGGUCCCUUUACACCUACGAGAAGUGAGUGUUCGUGGGGUUUCUUCAGUGGCUACUCGGGUUACCCCAAUUACAUGGCUAACACUGAAUCUUUUAGAGCUAAGGUUAGAUCACAAAGUGCACCAAGACAAAGGUUGGAGUUUGACAGAUACGGUUCUACUAGGAGACCUGUUCAGGUUCUUUGUGACGUGGGGCCAAAUUCAGACGGGGAUUCUGAUUUGAGGAAUAAAGUCUUACCUGCCCCUAGCCGUGUGAACAGAAUUGGUAGUACCAGUUUAAGGUGACAGUGUGUAUUUUGUAUGAAGACAACCCCCACUUUUUUCCACAAAAAAGAAGAGACACAUUUCAUCUUGUUUGGGUUUAUUGUGUGUGUGUGGCAGCACUUCAGAAUGUAAUUAUUUUACCUGUAUUCAUAUAGUCCUUUGUCCCUUACACUAUUGUUUUCAUUUUUGACGUUUUAAGUGUGUCAAUUCUUAAGUCAGGACUUGGUUUGACUGUUUGCUUAGUGGAGUGCAUGUUUUGAAUCAUAACAUAUUUGGAACUAGCCCCUUCAUAUGAAUAAUUUAAUGAUGAUGGAUCAAAGUAAUCAUUUCUCUUUAGGGACAUGUAUAGUACAAAUACUGCAGUUUUUUAAUUGAAAGGGAAAAAAUUAUG